AGACUUUGCUGCCAGGGCCGUCCGUAGCAAUGCCGAAGGCGAGGCAGAAGCCAGCGGCCAAGCCAAAGCCGAAGGUUGAGCCAAGGAAGGACGCCGACCUGGAACAAGCGCCUGCCCAGUCUCGAGAGUCAACUUGCAGGCAUGAGCAGGUGAAGGGACAGCGCGCCGAAGAGCCAAGGGCAGAGUCUCGGACCGACGCCGACGAGGCGCAGGCGCACCAGCCUCCAGGCGACGCCUCUCACAGAGGAGUGCCGCCUCGGCUUCCAGAUCUGGCAGGUACUCGGGAGCAGGCGGAGCAGCAAGGCGCUGAGGCGCCGGCGGAGGAGUGCCAAGGUCGGCCGCGACCGCGAGCUGCAGGAGCCGACGACUCGGUCAGCAAGCGUCUGGCGGCAGCCCUGGCCUCCAUGGACGCGCUCGCCGGGCAGAUGCGUGCGCUCAGUGACGGCCGCAGGCGAGAGCACGAGCAGUUGGCUGCGAGGCGCGCGGCGGAGGAGGACCACCUGGAGGCGGCUUCCGAGCGCCUGCGCCGCCGCCGCUGCGCCCUGCAGGGCCUGCGCGCCGAGUGCGAGCGGCUGCAGGGCGAGUUGGCCGCCAGAGGGCCCCCCCUGGAGCCCGAGGGCAGCCAGCAGGCUCCGAGCACCAGCGCGAGGGCACCGCACAUGGAGGCACCCCGCGCUAGCCCAGAGAGGCUUGGGCCUGCCGCGGAGGAGGCCCCCGGGCUCCCAGGGGCCGCGCCGCCGCCAGACUUGGCGGCGGCGGCCUGGCCGGAGGCGGCGUUGGAACCGCAGCGCGCGGGAGGCAGGGAGGGCGGAGGCGGCGCAGUGAGGGGG